AUGGCCGCGUUCUUCUCUCGGUUACCGUCGAUACCGUAUCCGCCUGAACAAGACGGAUGGUUCUCUCCUGUCACGUCUACCCUCGACUGGUGUGAAGAGAAUUAUGUAGUAACGCAGUACUCUGCGGAAAUUAUCAACACACUCACAAAUCUUCUGUUCAUGUACCUGGCAGCAAAAGGCAUACGCAAUUGCUUGAAGAAUGGACACGACACAGUUUUUCUCGUAGCAUUCAUUGGCUAUCUGCUUGUUGGAACUGGAAGCUUCCUCUUCCACGCGACAUUGAAAUAUCCCAUGCAGCUUGUAGAUGAGCUUUCGAUGAUCUACACGACGUGUCUGAUGAACUUUGCGACGUUCUCCUAUGGCAAAUCAAGGCUAUACUCUACGGUUCUGGCAAUUGGACUCGUGUCUCUCGCCGUCUUCAUCACACUGUAUUACCAUUACCUCCAGGAUCCAACCUUCCAUCAAAACGCCUACGCGCUCCUCACGGCAAUUGUACUGUUCCGCGCCAUGUAUGUAAUGGAAGUGAACAUCCGCCCGCGCUUCCGGUCAAAGGAGAGAGAAGCUGCGAACCCGCGUCCGCACGGGGGUGUAGAGGCAGUUCAAGAAAGGGAGGACGUGCGAGACCAGCAGAUUCUUACUACGAUGUGGAAGAUGAUCGCAUUCGGUCUGAGCAUCUUCUUGGGUGGUUUCGCAGUAUGGCAUCUCGACAAUGAAUAUUGCUCGAAACUGAUUCAGUGGAGGAGGGAGAUUGGUAUGCCUUGGGGUUUUGUACUAGAGGGUCAUGGCUGGUGGCAUCUUAUGACUGGAACCGGAGCCUACUACUACAUUGUAUGGGGUGUAUGGCUCCGACAUUGCCUCAAUUACAGGCAAGACGAGUAUGAGCUGGACUGGCCCAACUUCUGGACGAUGCCGCAGGUUAUCAAGCGACGAGACGCAGUGGCAAAUGGUCAUGCGCGUGCCUCUACUAAGAAGGAGCUGUAA